AUGCCUUUUAUACACCAUGUUGAAAUCAUUCAAUUUCCAUUAGCCUUUUUCGGCAUGUUAUUUACCGCUUUGUCGUUUAUAACUGGCAUAGUUGGCACGAUUGUAUUUAUUCGCAAAGGUGUUCAAAAGAGGUUCACAACAUCCAUCAUCACACUCAUUGCAAUUAAUCUUUCAACUAUUCUUCUUCAACUAUCCGAGGUCGCUUAUGUAUAUCUUCCAUAUACUUCAGCUGCGCUUAUUUCUCGCAACUUUAUCUACCAAAUAUGCGUUUUGUUGCUUAAUUUGAUACAACUGGAGAUCUUUCGUGUGUUUAACGAGGGAUUAAUCAACAUCAAGGCGUUUCGAUCUGAGAAUAUGAAAUGGAUACGUCUUGCUGCUAUUUUAGUGCAUUUGAUAUGCUCAUUGCCAACAUAUUUACAAGAGUGGGUGUUUCCGUAUAAUCUUGAAACGACUGCAACAAAGUGGGCAAAUAAUGGAUCCGCGAUUUAUACGAUUUUAGUUGGGAUUUGGGGUGUACUGCAGAACCUAUAUAUUUUAAAACGAACCCGGACUCAUUUUGAUAGAUUGCGCGCAGCCAGAUCUGAAAAUCCCGCCAAUUUUAAUUCCCAUAAACUACAGCGACAAAAUAGCAGUGUUAUCGCGUUAGUUGCAGUCCCUCCUGUUCCGAUAGAUAGUGACGAGUCAGGCAUGUAUUCCAAUUAUGUGGCAAAUAGGGAUGGUUUGACUGUACCGGGUACAGCUACUAUGGACGACCAAACUUCUACCACUACAGUCGCUCUUAAUCCAUCUAGUGUGGCCAGACUAACAAAGAAAAUUGACCGAGGCUUUCUAAUGAUUCGUAUAUUGAUUAUAAUUCUUUUUGCUUUGGAUCUGCUAUCCAUUAGCACGUUUAUUUCCUCGUCAAUGAUAUUGGAAGAUAUGGAUCGAUUGGCACAUUACGCACUUAUGCAGAUAUCGUUUGGCGUAAUUGGAAUUCAUUUGUUUAUUGAGACAUUCUUGUUUGUUCAGAUUGUAUUGCAGUUUAAACGACAGAUAUCUAUGAGUGGAAGCUCACGGCCCAGUGUAUAUACAGACGGGCUUGAACCUAACAAGCAAGAAGGCGACACGACUGUUGGUGGGUCACAAUCUCCAAGCAGUCUUGAGUUGUGUUCUACACCAUGA